UGACUUCCUCUUGAAAAAUGUCCUGCCAGCAAAGCCAGCAGCAGUGUCAGCCCCCUCCCAAGUGUCCUCCCAAGUGUCCUCCCAAGUGCCCUCCCAAGUGCCCUCAAACCCCUAAAUGCCCCCCGAAGUGUCCCCCUAAGUGCCCUCAAGUCUCUUGCUGCAGCUCCAGCUCUGGAGGCUGCUGUGGUUCCAGCUCAGGGGGUUGCUGCAGCUCUGGGGGUGGUGGCUGCUGCCUCAGCCACCAUAGACCCCGCCGUUCCCUUCGUCGCCGCCAGCAGAGCUCUGGUUGCUGUGGUGGUGGCAGUAGCAGCGGCUGCUGUGGGAGCAGCGGUGGUGGCAGCUGCUGUGGCAGCAGUGGUGGUAGCAGUAGCUGCUGUGGCAGCAGUGGUGGUGGCCAGCAGUCUGGGGGCUCUGGCUGCUGCUGACCUGGGCCAUGAAGAGCUGAA